UAGAUUUUGGGGGUUUUGCUCUCUCUCUCUCCCUUUCAUUCUCGUAUUCUCUGUCUCCCAAUCGAGAAACCGAGGGAGAGAAACAUUGAUUCGAUCCAGAGACGUUACUGAAAUUGAUGGGUUUAAUCGUGGAUGAUAACGACGGUGAGCUUUUGAUUCCGCCGCCGAAUUUCUCUAUGGUCGAAGACGGAAUUUACCGAUCUGGGUUUCCUCAGCUUGAGAAUUUCGGUUUCUUAUCAACCCUGAAUCUUAAAUCCAUCAUUUAUCUGUGUCCUGAACCAUACCCUGAGGAGAAUCUCAAGUCUCUUGAUUCCAACAACAUCAAGCUCUUCCAAUUCGGUAUCGAAGGCAAAACGGAUCCUCCAACUCCUAUGCCAAAGGAUACAGUCUUGAGUGCCCUUAGAGUCCUAGUUGACGUUAGAAACCAUCCAAUUCUCAUCCAUUGUAAACGGGGAAAGCAUAGGACAGGUUGCCUUGUGGGAUGCUUGAGGAAAGUGCAAAACUGGUGUUUAUCAUCGGUUCUUGAGGAAUACCAGAAGUGCGCGGGUUUGAAAUGGAGACAAAGAGAUUUGAGGUUCAUUGAGGAUUUCGAUGUGCUCAGAUUGAGGCAAUGUCUGUACAGCAUUAUCUAUCAGUACAAUGGUUAUGGUCUCAAGAGGAGAAAGUUGCUGUAUCAAGAAGAGAAUGUUGUCCAAAAACAGCAAAAACCUCAAGCCACCAAAGGGUGAAAAGAAGUUCGAAAUCGGAUAUUAUUUUUUUCACUCUUUCUAGAUUUUGAUUUUUUUACAUUUGUCAUGAUGAUGAUGAUUCUUUUGAGUUUAGGGUAGUUUUGAAAACCUUAAGAAAACAGAGGAUUUGAUUUGGUCUCUCUUUUUUUUUUUUCUUUUUUUCUCUUACAGUUAGUAGAGAAACUUUUAUAC